UAUCUUAUUUUCCAUUAUCUAUGAACAGUAUGAGAGUGUUGUGGAAGAUGAACAGAAGCAUGGUCUGGAAUCUCUUCAAGCUCAUAUUCCUUUGGAUUACCUUCUUCAAUCUCGCAACUCGUCAAGCAACGGCUGCUGUUCAGCUUAAUCGAUAUUGCAGUGAAGAAAGAAACAAUGACAACAGCACCUCUCAGGCGAACCUCAGGACCCUCCUCUCUUCCUUAUCUUCCAAUGCCAGCGCCAAGGGAUUCUACAUCAACACAGUCCCUGACACAGACUCCUUUGACAGUGACACGGUAUAUGGUCUUUUCAUGUGCAGGGGUGAUCUUCUCGCCUGCGAAGAUUGCGUUGCAGACGCAACCCAGAGUCUGUCUUCAGACACAAACUGUUCCCUGUCCAAAUCUAGUGUGAUUUGGUACGACGAAUGCAUGGUUCGGUAUUCCGACCACUCUUUCUUCUCCACUAUGAACACAACUCCCGGAUAUUACAUUUGCAAUGUGGCCAAUAUCUCCUCCGACCCAUCAAGAUUCAUGAGUUUGUUGGACGACACCAUGAAACAAACUGCAAAAGAAGCAUCCGGUUCUAGUAACAGGUAUUUCGCAAAGCAAGAAAACUUAGCGGAAGCUCAGACUCUUUACUGUCUAGCUCAGUGCACACAAGACCUUUCACUCCAACAAUGCUUAGACUGUCUUUAUUCAGCAAUACCUAAUAUUCCAUACUGGUGUGACGGAAAGCAAGGAGGAAGAGGUCUGCUUCCCAGUUGUAACAUCAGGUAUGAAUUGUACCCUUUCUACCGCGUUACCGAUGAGGGACCAAAAGGACCCGUCCCAGAAACAAAUUAUACAAACAGAGAUUCUGAAUAUUCAGAAGAUCCUGGCUAUAUUUCUCACAACUGCUCAAACAAAAAACUUGAAGCUGAUUUCCAAUCAAACCUCCGAACCCUCCUCUUUGACUUGUCUUCCAACGCCACCACCUCUAGAUAUGGAUUCCAGACGCAUGAGGGAACGGCAUAUGGUCUCUUCAGGUGCCGUAUGGACAUUCACCCUCACCUCUGUGAACAAUGCAUAAAAAACGCAAGGGACAAAAUAACCUCCGACUGUGGUUUGGCUUCUGCGGAGGCUGUAAUAUGGUACAAUCACUGCUGGCUUCGCUAUUCCGACAGAAAUUUCUUCUCCGCCGUCGAAACAAGUCCGAGAUUCGGGAAUCUGAAUAUCAGCAACACCAGUCCGAUACAGUCUUCUGUUGCUUAUGAAUUAUCGACGCAGUUAGCUAAGGUUGCCUACAUGACAGGAGACACUGAAAACAAAUUCCUGACAGAUGAAUCUCUGAGAUUGAAUAAUGAGCAAAGAGUGUUUAUUCUUGGUCAAUGCUCAUCGGAUCUAUCAAGCACUGGUUGCAGUGGGUGCCUCAGUGGUAUGAUUGGAACGGCAAUUCCGUGGAGCAGUUUGGGAAGCGUGGGUGGACGGGUUCUGUAUCCGAGCUGUAUUCUUCGCUUUGAAUUGUUCCGGUUUUACAAUCUCACGCCUACCACACCAUCUCCUCCUCCUCCCUCACCAUCUGCUCCUCCUCCUUCCUCACCAGGUGAAAGUCAAUCAAGAACAAUUAUCUUGAUCAUUAUUACUUCCAGCAUAAUUGUAUCAGGAAUGCUUUUCACCUUUUGGUAUUAUUUGAUACGAAGAAAGAUCAGAAAAAAUAAAAGAACUAUUCUUCAAGAGAAUUUUGGACAAGAAAUUUCAACUAUAGAAUCUCUGCAAUUCAAUCUACCAAUAAUUGAAGCAGCAACAAAUAACUUCUCACAUGACAACAAAAUCGGAAAAGGUGGAUUUGGAGAAGUUUACAAGGGUAUUCUUUAUGAUGGACAAUCCAUUGCUGUAAAGAGACUUUCAAGAAAUUCUAGACAAGGCAUACAAGAGUUUAAAAAUGAGAUUCUACUAAUAGCCAAACUUCAACAUAGAAAUUUGGUGGCUUUCAUAGGAUUUUGUCUUGAUGAACAAGAAAAAAUACUUAUUUAUGAAUAUGUGCCAAACAAGAGUCUAGACUACUUCUUAUUUGAUACUAAACAAGAAAAAGUUUUAAGUUGGAGUGAGCGUCACAAAAUCAUAGUUGGAAUUGCUCAAGGAAUUGUAUAUUUGCAUGAACAUUCUCGACUUAAAGUUAUACAUCGUGAUCUUAAACCUAGUAAUGUACUACUGGAUGAAAAUAUGAAUCCCAAAAUUUCAGAUUUUGGACUUGCUAGAAUUGUUGAAAUAGAUCAAGAAGAGGAAAGUACAAAUAGAAUUAUUGGCACAUAUGGCUAUAUGUCUCCAGAGUAUGCUAUGUUUGGACACUUUUCUGAGAAAUCUGAUGUUUACAGUUUUGGUGUUAUGAUUCUAGAGAUUAUAAGUGGAAAAAAGAAUAAAGGUUCACAUGAAUCUCGCAUUGCUGACAGUCUUAUAAAAUUUGUUUGGAGACACCAGAAGGAUGAAACAACAUUGAACACAUUAGAUUCAAAAUUAAGAGAAAAUUAUUCUAACAUUGAAGUCAUGAGAUGCAUUCAAAUUGGUAUAUUAUGUGUUCAAGAAGAUCCAGAUGCUAGACCUACAAUGGUAGAAAUUGUUUCAUAUCUUAGAAGUCACACAAUUGAGUUGCCGCCUCCACAAGAACCAACAUUUCACUUGAGUCGUAAAAUAAAUCCAAUUGCUGCACAUGAAUCAAGUUCAGGCCAAGAUGGCAGCAACUCCAUACCAUAUUCUAUCAAUGCCUUAUCUAUAAGUGAAUUUUAUCCUCGCUAGUUCACUUUUUUAUAUACUAUUUAUUUAUGUUUUAAUAUAUUUUAAUAUAUGCCACAUUGUUUAAACUAUGACGUUUGUUUUGUGACGUGUGCAAGACUUUUCCACUUAAUUUAGAAUACUUCAACUUUA